AUGCCACCGGUGCCGAGGCGUUCAGGCGCCAGCCUCACGACAAGCAUGCCGCCGUCACAGGGCGUAAAUUUGGGAGUUCGCGACCUGCAGCGUCCGGCAACGUCACCGACGCGCAGGGGCCGCCGUGGUUGGCCUGCUCCUCACUUUCACCCGCUGUACGGCGACGCUGUAACGACUCCAGCCGAAGCAGGCAGGAGUUUCAAGCCAGUCAGAGGCGCAGCAAUAACCGACAUCACAUCAUUAUCCGCGCGCAACUUCCCCCACCCUCCUCCAUGCCGUGCGGAGUCCUCCGUCAGUGCCUUCGGUCGCCCCCCAGCAGCGUCACCGCUUUCACACCAUGGAGGUGCCGCACAGCUGUUGACGAGGUGGGGUGGUAAUGGAAGCGCUGCUGCUGUUCCUAGUGCCGCCUCCCCGUGUCAACACGGGCGCGAGGGGUGCCCGUCGUCCACGACUGAGUGCAGUACUUCAUCUUCUAUUUCCUUUAUAGAGGAUCGAGUACGAUGCUUAGUGCACACCGUAAGCGCGGCGUCGCUCCUGCCGACACCACUGCAGCGCAUUCUCGUCGAUGUACUGCGCACUCUUCAGCAAGAGCGCGCACAGCUAAGAGGGCAGCGUCCGUGCCGACGGCACUCACGGUCCCUUGGCACCGACAUGGGCGCAGGCGUUACCGAGUGUAUGGUGGAUGCGGCGCAGGCGCCGUCACCUGCGGUGGCCGCAGGCAUUUUUUCUGCUUUCCUCACUGCACACCCGGCGGACGGUUCCGCGCUACUCUCCUCCCCAAUUCUACUGGUUGGUACAGCGCUCGCUGAGCUUGUUGUCCUUGGCCAGAUUGCCUCGUGUGCCAUACCCGAACCGCAGCUGCUGUCCUUUCUUGAUGUGGCCAUCAGCGUAGGCCACCCCGGGGCAAUGCACUCUGUGGCCGUCUGUCUGCGCGACGGCACAGUGGGCCUGCAGCGGGACGCAGCAUCGAGCGAAACGUGGUUGCGCUGUGCGUCCUCAGCCGGCUAUCUUCCUGCUAUGCACGAGCUCGGCGAGACCUACGAGCGUGACGCACCCGCGUCCUCCAAGUUGCUUGUUGAGGCGGCGGAAGAUGGUGCUGACUGGGGCGAGGCGAUGCGGUGGUAUCGGCAGGCGGCGGAGGCUGGGUACCCACCAUCGCAGCUGAACUUGGGUAAGCUGUUCCUCGUGGCGGCUGAACAUGCCCAAAGCGAGGGCUCAGCAGCUGCACCGCAGGUGGCGCAUCUGCUCACGGAGGCCAAGCGCUGGCUGCACGCCUGCGCCGCAACCGGCGUAGAGGAGGCGGUGCGCCUCAUGGGGCGUAUCGAGGGGUGA